GAGAGGUGGUCCCAUUUUCUUUCUCAUCAACCCAAAUUCUGGGCCAUUCAUACUGCCACUGUUAUCACGUACUCACUCUGCAACGUGUACGAACUGCCAGGAACGUUCUAGUAACAGAACUCUGUGGAACUUUUCAUACAGAUUCCAAAUGCAUUGAAAGCAGGUGAUUGCUGGUAUUUUUGAAGAAAGAGAGAAGUGUAUUUGAAGUUAGGUUAACUAUUUGGAAGGUAUUUUGACAUUGGAGAUACUAUUUUAAGACAAUAUGUGGAAGUAUUUGGCAUUGGUUCUUGCCUGCGUGGCAAACAUGGUAGAAUCAGAAUUGUUUACAUCAAUGGCCCAUCUACAAACAGCCUUGUAUGCAGAAAGAGAUAUUGCUAGAACUUUAAAACAAUACAUUGAAUCAGAAGAAAAAAGAAUAGAAAAAUUGAAAAGCAUUGCCAAUGAAUUGGCUGAUCACAGUAAUCGAGCUUUAGAACAACCAGAUAAAACUAUAGGAAAUCCAGUCAGUGCUUUUCUCUAUGUUAAAAGAUUAACUUUAGAUUGGGAAAGAGAAAUUGAACCUAUAAUAAAUAAUGAUACCUAUACAACCAUGGUAAAACAAGUGGAAUAUUUAAGACAAGAUUUACCAAAAUACGAAGAUUUAAGUGGCGCUGCUGCAGCAUUAAUGAGAUUACAGGAUACAUAUAAAUUAGAUACAUCUAAAAUAGCAGAAGGUGAUUUAGGUGGUUCUAAAUGUGCUACAUUAUCAGCUGUUGAUUGUUAUGAAAUUGGUAGAAUAUCAUAUAAUGAAGAAGACUUUUAUCAUACUACUCUAUGGAUGAAUGAAGCUAUUAGUAGGAUACAAGAUGAACAUAAUUCUACUGUAUCUAAAUCAAUAUUAUUAGAUUAUUUAGCAUUUGCAGAAUAUAAGCAAGGUAAUAUUCGUCAUGCACUGUCACUUACCAAUGAAUUAUUAACCAUAGAUCCCCAUCAUGAAAGAGCAAAAAAUAAUCGUGUUUAUUACGAAAGAAUGAUAAAAGAAGAAGAAAAAUCACAAAAAAGAGGAGAUGAGGGUUCCAAAAAUGUCAUUCAUAAUAUACGUAAAAUUGAUGAAUAUAGAAACUCUGAUGAAUUUUUAACUUAUGAAUCAUUGUGUAGAGGAGAAAAUACUCAGGUGGUAAAAGAUGCAGAUAAAUUAAAAUGUAGUUAUAGAACUAAUAAGAAUGGAUGGUUAAUGCUUCAACCUGCUAAAGAAGAAGAGGUACAUCUUGACCCCUGGAUUGUUAUAUACCAUGAUGUCAUGUCAGAUGAUGAAAUAAAUACAAUUAAACAGUUAGCUACGCCUAGACUAAACAGAGCCACAGUUCAAAAUUCUAAAACAGGAGCCUUGGAAACAGCUGAGUAUAGAAUUAGUAAAAGUGCAUGGUUAAAAGAAACUGAUCACCCAGUUGUUCAACGAGUUAAUAAAAGAAUAGAAGCUAUUACUGGAUUAGCUACUGACACAGCUGAAGAACUACAGAUUGCUAAUUAUGGAUUAGGAGGACAUUAUGAACCACAUUUUGAUUUUGCUCGGCGGGAAGAAAAAGAUGCCUUUAAAUCACUUGGUACUGGUAACAGAAUAGCAACAUUCCUCUUUUAUAUGUCUGAUGUAGAAGCUGGUGGAGCCACUGUAUUUCCUUAUAUUGGAGUUAAAUUAUUUCCUAAGAAGGGUAUAGCAGCAUUUUGGUAUAAUUUGUUUAAGAAUGGUGAAGGUAUUUAUAAUACAAGACAUGCUGCCUGUCCUGUGUUAGUUGGUACCAAAUGGGUUUCAAAUAAAUGGUUGCAUGAAAGAGGACAAGAAUUUAGACGACCUUGUGGCAAGACAGAAGCAGAAUAAGAUUUAUAAAACAAUUGAAUCAUCCAAAAAUUUCAUGAAUGAUUGUGAAGAAUGAAUGGAAAGGGUUUAUGAUGCUUUAUAGUGCUUUUUAAGUGGCCAUAUCGCCAUUGCUACUGUAGAAUUAAAAACAGUUGUAGAGAGGACAGUUUUCAUCGAGCUGAAUGCAUAGUUUAGACAUUUAUAAGAUCACAUAUAAAACUAAAUUAAUUAUUUGUAUGUAAUGAGGUGUUCCAUCUGUUUUUAUCUUUUGAUCACAAUGUUUGGCAAUAUAGAAAUAAUAUAGUUUAGUGCUGUGGUCAUCGAUAUCUUUCCUCAAAAGCUUUUUUUAAUCUUGAAUUUUAUUAGUGAAAGUUU